AUGACUUCAGUUGCUAAGGUCUACUACAGUCAGACGACUCAGACAGAAAGCCGGCCCCUGGUGGCCCCAGGAAUCCGCCGGAGGAGGGUCCUCACGAAAGAUGGUCGCAGCAACGUGCGAAUGGAGCACAUUGCUGACAAGCGUUUCCUCUACCUCAAGGACCUAUGGACGACCUUCAUUGACAUGCAAUGGCGCUACAAGCUUCUGCUCUUUUCGGCAACCUUUGCAGGCACCUGGUUCCUCUUUGGUGUGGUGUGGUACCUGGUAGCUGUGGCCCAUGGGGACCUGCUGGAGCUGGGGCCCCCUGCCAACCACACCCCUUGUGUCGUGCAGGUGCACACACUCACUGGAGCCUUCCUCUUCUCCCUGGAAUCCCAGACCACCAUUGGCUAUGGCUUCCGUUACAUCAGUGAGGAGUGCCCCCUGGCCAUCGUGCUCCUUAUUGCGCAGCUGGUGCUCACCACCAUCCUCGAGAUCUUCAUUACAGGUACCUUCCUGGCAAAGAUUGCCCGGCCCAAGAAGAGGGCUGAGACUAUCCGUUUCAGCCAGCAUGCUGUUGUAGCCUCCCACAACGGCAAGCCUUGCCUUAUGAUCCGAGUUGCCAAUAUGCGUAAGAGUCUCCUCAUUGGAUGCCAGGUGACGGGCAAACUGCUUCAGACCCACCAGACAAAGGAGGGCGAGAAUAUUCGCCUCAACCAGGUCAAUGUGACUUUCCAAGUAGACACGGCCUCCGAUAGCCCCUUUCUCAUCCUACCCCUGACCUUCUACCACGUGGUAGAUGAGACAAGUCCCUUGAGAGAUCUCCCCCUCCGCAGUGGGGAGGGGGAUUUCGAGCUGGUGCUGAUCCUAAGUGGGACGGUGGAGUCCACCAGCGCCACCUGUCAAGUUCGCACUUCCUACCUUCCAGAGGAGAUCCUCUGGGGCUAUGAAUUCACACCUGCUAUCUCACUGUCAGCCAGUGGCAAAUACGUGGCUGACUUCAGCCUGUUUGACCAAGUUGUGAAGGUGGCUCCCCCUGGUGGUCUCCGUGAUAGCACUGUACGCUACGGAGACCCAGAAAAGCUCAAGUUGGAAGAAUCAUUAAGAGAACAAGCUGAGAAGGAAGGCAGUGCCCUUAGUGUGCGCAUCAGCAAUGUCUGA